AGUAGUCUCUAAACAAUGUUGGGAUUGGAUUUCAACCGUGACAAGAGGGGGAGAGAGAGCUAUCGAAGGAUUGAGAGAGGAGAAGCGGAGGUUUCAGAAACCCUAAGCGCCUUAAGCUUCACUGGAAAUCGCAACCGUCAUCCUCCUACAGCCAUGGAUGCUAUAAGGAAACAGUUGGAUGUGCUGAUGGGAGCGAAUCGAAACGGAGAUGUAAGGGAGGUGGAUCGGAAUUACUUCGACCGUGAUGUCUGCCGUCUCUACCUCUCCGGCCUAUGUCCUCACGACCUAUUUCAACUCACCAAAAUGGAUAUGGGACCAUGCCCAAAGCUGCAUUCAUUGGAGUUGAGGAAAGAAUACGAGGAAGCAAAAUCAAAGGGUGUUGAUAACUAUGAUAGAGACCUGGAGGAUGUUAUCGACAGGCUGAUUGUUGAGUGUGAUAGGAAAAUAACCCGAUCCCUCAAACGGCUAGAUGAAGAGGAUGCCAAAGCUGCCAUAGCCAUAUCAGUUUCUGAAGUUACUCAACACACAGAAGAGGUUCUUGAACUGUCAAAGCAGAUUAAGCAAAAGUUGAAAGAAGUUGAUCAAUAUGAUCUUGAAGGCAAGACAGAUAUGAAAAUCCGUGUUCUUGAAGAGGUUGAAGAACUCAGAACCAAGAGAGCUGACAAACAGGCAAUGCUUCUUUUGGAUGCCUUUAACAAAGAUCGAGCAUCUCUACCUCAGCCACUUCAAAACCCUCCACAAUUAGCACCCUUGCCUGCUGCUGCUGCAGAUCCUCGCAUACAGGAAAUGAUAAAUGAGAAACUAAAGAAAGCAGAAGAUCUUGGUGAGCAAGGGAUGGUUGAUGAGGCACAGAAGGCACUAGAAGAGGCUGAAGCUCUUAAGAAGCUGCCAGCACGGCCAGAACCAGUUCUUGAUUCCUCGAAGUACACUGCUGCUGAUGUGCGCAUUACUGAUCAGAAGCUGCGUGUUUGUGACAUUUGUGGAGCAUUUUUAAGUGUUUAUGACAGUGAUCGUCGUUUAGCUGACCAUUUCGGAGGAAAGCUCCACUUAGGUUAUAUGCAAAUCCGAGAGAAGCUGGCUGACCUUCAGGAAGAGAGAAACAAAAAACGAAAAGCCCAUGAAGAAGUGAGAAGAUCUAAAGAACGAAGUAGCCGGGACCGUGAAAGGGAACCAAGCAGGGAUCGAGGUGAAAGCCGUGAACAAGGGAGGGAUUAUGAUCGUAAGAACAGAGAGCGUGAUAGGCACUAUGACCGAGAUCGCAGCUACGAUAGGGAGCAUGAUAGGGAGAGGGAGCACUCUCGCAACUAUGAUUCUAGGAGUCGGCGCAGAUCACGGUCAAGAUCCAUAGAACGCUCAAGGAAUUACAAUCGCCACAGGUUCUCCUUAUAUCCUACUGCUUUGCAUAUUUGGUUUUUCAAUGCACCGUGACUUGUCUGUGCCGGAUUGCCAAUGCGUAUGACUAUAUGAUUUGCCUUUGCUGCAACUUCGCUUGUGGGUUGCACUGCUAGAUUUCCUAUACUAUUAUUUUCUUAACUUCUAAAAGAUGCUUCUUAUCUUUGGGGUAGAAGGUUUAAUUGGAAUGUGUAUAAUUGCACAUUUGGGGAAAAUGCUACUUGCCCUAAAUCUUCUGUUGCACCAAAUUUUGUCCCAAGUGAUGUGGCUUGUUACAAGUCUCACAAUCAUUCAUAUUCAUCUGCUAUGUGAGAAUUGGCCAACACCACUAUGAGUUUAUUGGAUGAAGCUACAAGAUUUGGCCUAAAAGAUCUUAGGCAUGUGGCAUUACCUGUGAUUUGUGAUUUAAAUUGUUUCCUCGGGGAUUUAAUGUUUUCUUUGAACUAUCAAUCAUGUUUCCCAUAUAGAUGUCUUUGCAACCUGCACUUUCCAGUUUCCUGAA